UGCUCUUUCGGCUCGGCUCAGUCAAGCUACACCUCAAGCAGUGCGCUUCACAGGAAGGGACCUGCUUUAUUUUAAACCCCAGCUCUCUGGUCUAAUGGACAAACUCUUUGUAAAUGCUUUUUAAGAAUCUUCACUCUAGGAAGGCACACUCCAGCUGCUCAACAGGCCCAGGCCUUGAGUUGUAUCUUAAGGGGUUUAACUUCACUGGUGAACCACCUUGGCUUCUCUGCACCUGAGUAACAGCAGUUCUGUAUUCCAACUCUUUCAUAUCCAAUUUACGUGUGACGAACUGAAAGUACUGAUCAAGAUGAACACCACCACACUCAACAAAUUUGAAUUUUCCUUUCUUGAAGAGGGCUUCUCUGCUCGGGACAUUGUUGAGCAGAAAAUCAAUGAGUCAUCCUUGACAGAUGACAGGGAUGCAUUCUAUGUCUGUGACUUGGGAGAUGUUUUACGAAAACACCUCCGUUGGGCAAGAGCUCUGCCUCGCAUCACUCCUUUCUACGCCGUUAAGUGCAACGACAGCCAGGCUGUAGUUAUGACUCUGGCAUCGUUGGGAACUGGCUUCGACUGUGCAAGCAAGACUGAGAUCCAGCUUGUUCAGUCCCUGGGAGUGGAUCCAAGCAGAAUAAUCUACGCUAACCCCUGCAAGCAGGUCUCACAAAUAAAGUAUGCAUCUGCACACGGAGUCCAAAUGAUGACCUUUGAUAGUGAAGUGGAACUUAUGAAAGUGGCCCGUUGUCACGACAAUGCCAAGUUGGUGUUGCGCAUCGCCACAGAUGACUCGAAGGCCGUGUGUCGCCUCAGUGUGAAGUUUGGUGCUCCCCUCAAAGCUUGUCGCGGUCUCUUGGAGCGGGCGAAGGAACUGGGGCUGGAUGUGAUCGGUGUCAGUUUUCAUGUUGGGAGCGGCUGCACUGAUGCAGAGACCUACACCAAAGCUAUUGCAGAUGCUCGCUGUGUCUUUGAUAUGGGGGAAGAGCUUGGCUACAACAUGGAUCUCCUGGACAUUGGAGGAGGUUUUCCUGGUUCGGAUGACACUGAACUGAAGUUUGAAGAGAUUACAGUAGUAAUCAACACGGCCCUCGACAAGUACUUUCCUGUCGACUCUGGGGUCAGGGUCAUCGCUGAGCCGGGACGCUUCUACGUGGCAUCUGCUUACACAUUAGUGGUGAACAUCAUUGCUAAGAAGGUCAUCAUGGAUGACGAAUCAUCUUCAGAUGAGGAAGACGAAGGGACCAGUGACAGAACUCUGAUGUACUAUGUCAACGAUGGGGUGUAUGGCUCCUUUAACUGCAUCCUUUAUGACCACGCUCACUGUUUGCCAACAUUGCAUAAGAAACCAAAACCAGAUGAGGCGGUGUACCCCUGCAGCAUAUGGGGCCCUACAUGUGAUGGUCUAGAUCGGAUCGUGGAACUGUGUACCCUGCCUGACCUCCAGGUGGGGGACUGGCUGGUUUUUGAGAACAUGGGUGCCUACACUGUAGCUGCUUCCUCCACCUUUAAUGGCUUCCAAAGACCCGACAUUUACUAUGUCAUGUCCCGUCCUGCCUGGCAAUAUGUGCAGCAAGUCUGCUCCCAGGGCCUUCCAGCUCCGGUAGAGGAGGAGUCCUUGUUCGACCUUCCAGCAUGCUGUGGCCGAGAGAGCAGCUUGGACAUGCCCACUAAGCCUUGCCAUGCCCAUGUGGUUUAAGACCAGCUACAGAAACAAGCUGUUUUCCUUAGAUUUAUUCUUUUUAAUUUUAUUGUUUUAUUAUUAUUAUUUUUUAAUUAAACUAAGCAGAUAGUUCUCAAGCUAAUUUUUGAGGCCAGUUACUUGACAGGAGAGAAGUGGGGAUGUUGUUGCACAUAUUUCAGUGUUCUGUACAGAAGCUGGGAGUCAACCUUUGACUGAGGCUGAGUCACACCUUGGACCAUCUCUGUGGGUAUUGGAUAAGGUGUAACAAGCAGCUCUGUGUUAACAUAAUUUGCUGUUGACCUCUAGUAUUUGUAUGAGGUACUUAAUCAUGUGCCUAUUUUCAGAACUGGAAAAAAGUAAAAAAAAAACAAAGUUCUAAAUUGAAGAACUGACAUCACAUGUCAGAAGGACUCAGCUAUGAAAGUAUUUAGAGAUGGAGGUGGCUGUUGGUUUUUGGGAACAUAAACAAAAUUCCAGACCUUAUUUAUGCUAACUGACCUGCACCAUGUUAUUAGGUCAGGGUAUUUCACCACUAGGAUAGUCACAUCUGAUGCCCACAAAGCAAUGGUCAGAGGUGGGAUAAAGAUCCUCAAAUGGCUGCUAUAAUUAUCUUUUCC